ACGAAAACACGUCUUCUUCUCUUCUUCUUCAAGAAUCAACAAGAAAGAAAGAGAGAGAUUCACGUCAUCCUUUCUGCGAAGAAUCUAGUUACUCGUCUCUCUUUCUAUAAUCUCAGCUGUUCAAUCUUUAGUCGACGUUUGAUUCCGCCCCAGGUUCUUCGUUAUCCUUUCCUCUCUGUAUAUACAAUCUUUAAAUAAGAUUUUAUAGGUCAAAAUCGCUGUUCGGUAUAUGCUUUGUUCUACUAUCUGGGUUUCGGCUCCCCUUAAUUUUCCUUGAAAUUUGGGGUUUUUGAUUGCUGGGGUUUUGUCGGUUAUGCUUAGUUUGGCUUGAAGGGGAUUUUAACGGUGGUUUGUUGGUGAUAAAGUUGGGGUUUGUGGAAAGAAGACUGGAUUUAUUCUUCAUCUUCCAUCCGUUCCUAUACGAAUUUGAUUAUCUCUUGUGGUUUGGCUUUUAAAUAUUAACACAGGCCGAAUUGGGGUGGUAUUGAUCGUAUUAUGUUCCACAGCUCCAAGAGACAGAGAGAUAGAAAAUUGAAUUAGUUGUCGAGUUCUAGUAUCUGUUGUCACGUUUAAAAAUGUUGGACUCAAUUGCCGCGACGUCUCUUAUUUGGUAUAGGCCACGAUGUGGAGGGAUUCCUUCUAGGAAUGCGACAUGCACGAAGAAAUCGUUGGAUAGUUGUCGACUCCUUUUAACUGAAUUAAUGGGCAGAGAAGUUGUUUCUCCUCUGCAUUCUGUGCCUAGAGUGAAAGUCAAGGUAGUGAAUUCUAAAGUUAAGGCUCUUGCCAUGGAGCUGGCAAAAGAGGCCUACUCAUCUAGAGAGGAAGAUCAAAUACCCCGAAUUUGGAACUAUCAGAUUGACACUGAUAUAGGGGUUGAUAAAAAACCAGGGUUUUGGCCACCAGAGAAUAAAGCAGAUGACCCAUCAUUACAUAAUCCAUUGCUUAGACAAGAAAGGAUGGGUUGUGGUUGGUUAGGUGCCAUAUUUGAAUGGGACGGAGUUAUUGUUGAAGAAAAUCCUGAUCUUGAGAAGCAAGCAUGGAUGGCUGUUUCUCAAGAAGAAGGAAAAUCCCCUCCUCCAACUUUCAUUUUGAAACGAAUAGAGGGCAUGAAGAACGAGCAGGCAAUUUCCGAAGUUCUUUGCUGGUCAAGAGACCCAUUGCAGGUGAGAAAAAUUGGUGCUCGGAAGGAAGAAAUUUAUCAAGCUUUGCAAGGUGGGAUAUACACACUACGAACUGGGUCUCAGGUGUUUGUUGAUGUUCUGAUGCAUUACAAGAUACCAAUGGCAUUAGUUUCUACUCGCCCUCGAAAGGCUCUUGAAACUGCAAUUGGGUCGAUAGGAAUUGAAGAGUACUUCACUGCAAUUGUUGCCGCAGAGGAUGUUCACAGGGGAAAGCCUGAUCCAGAGAUGUUUAGUUAUGCAGCACAGCUUCUAAGAUUUAUUCCGGAACGCUGUAUUGUGUUUGGGAACUCUAAUCAAACAGUGGAGGCUGCCCAUGAUGCACGGAUGAAGUGUGUAGCUGUUGCUAGCAAGCAUCCUGUGUAUGAGCUUGGGGCAGCAGACCUGGUGGUCAGUCACUUAGAUGAGCUUUCUGUGGUUGAUCUGAAGAACCUUGCUAACAUCGAAACAACUGAAUUUGGGCCUGGAGAGCCUGAGUUGGAGCUAGAGGAAGAGGAAAAUAACCCAUCAACUGCUGUGGGAGUUGAUGACAGUUUCUGGUGACCAUCAUAAUUUAUACAGUUUUACUUGUCCUUCAUCCAAUUCCUUAUGAUAAUAGUCUGUAUUGGCUUUCUUAGUAGUUAGUAUUAUUGCAAGCCAUUUUAUCCCUGUUUCGAACAACAUGAACAAAAAAAGAAAAAGAAAAAUGGCAGGGUAGAUUUUAUAGAGAAGGGAAAAGCCAGUCCACAUUGGACUGUGAUGGUGUUAUCAUGUAUGUAAAUGUGUAAAAUACAGAUAAAUGAAAAUCGGAAUAUCCAUUUGGUGUUGCUUCUUCUUA